CUGUCACAACAAACCAGCCGACAGGGAGCAAACAAAAUUCUCGCUCUGCGGCAAAAAGCAAAAUUUCUUCCAUAUUAAGUAUUCCAUAUUAAGUAUUUCCUCCCUGCGGGAAAGAUGUAUGAAAGUUGCGUUGUUUAGCGCCAGUGAGAGUGCGGGAAGUGCCAGCAAGUGAUUGUGAAUACGACAACCCGGUGCCGCAGAAAACAUGUUCCCCGAAACGUUGGUCUUUGCGCUAGCGCUGUUCAUCACGGGCGCUAUCCUUUUCCUGCUGAUCUACUACCUGAUUAUACUGUCCGAUCUCGAAUGUGAUUAUCUGAACGCACAGGAAUGCUGCUCGAAGCUGAACUUCUGGUCCAUCCCGAAGCUGGCCGCACACGCCUUUCUUACGUUCGUGCUGCUCAUCCACGGGCACUGGAUGCUCUGUCUGGUGAAUCUGCCGAUGGUGGGGUGGCUGGUGUACGAGCAGUACCGGGUGCCGGCCGGCAACAUUGGCAUUUACGAUCCGGCCGAAAUCCACAACCGUGGCAUGGUGAAGAAGCACCUGCGGGACACGAUGAUCGGAUUGGGCUUCUAUUUGAUUAUCUUCUUCGUCUAUCUGUACUGCAUGAUAAUCGCCUUACUGAAGGGAGAUCCGAUUAGACGGCACGAAGAGGAGGAAAUUGUAACCGAAUUCUAAAAUACUCAACUCAAACGGGGAAUGGCAGUACAUCCGGACGAGUUUUGGCGAUUGUCGCACUCUUAAAUUAUUCUAUUAUCGCUGUACGUCACCUUUUUACGAAUAUUUGCUCCAUUUGUAGGCAUUUGGGAACGUUGUUGCCAAUGUGAGAUUAGUCAAGAUUAAUGUAUUAUGAUUUCUCGAACCAGUCUACUUCCUCUAGCCAAAGAAUACUCUCGAAGUGUAAGUUGUUUGCAUUAAAAUAAACUCAUUGUGGGAUGAAUACGAA